AACAUUAACAACCCAACCACAAAAAAGUCAGAAACACACAGAGAGAGAAAACAUCAAACAAAUAAAAAAAAUUCAUAUUUCGUUCUUGUGUCUUUUCCUCCUUUUUCUUUUUCUUUUGAUGAUAAAAUACGGUAGUUGUUUGAACCCACCAACCCCUCCCCUAGUUUUCUCCUACUUCUGCUUCUUCCAUCUUUUGAUUUCUUUCUUCUUGUUUGCUGAAAUCUUUUUGUUUUGAUGUUUGAUUGUUGGUCCCUGUAAAAUGGGUUUCCAACAUAGAAAGUUGAUGGCUGAUUCUAUAAAUGAAACCUCAACAAAUGAUUGUUCCGUUUGUUACCAGUUCUGUGUUACAUCAUGUUUUGAAAUAUGUCCUGCUCUUUGUCCCCCUUAUGUACCUCCUUAUGUUGAUAUAUACCCUCCUCCGAGCCCUUUUUCGGAUUCCGGUUCUCAUUCAAAUAAACCCAACAAGUUUUUGAUCAUAACUUCAACUAUCCUCGCCGCCGCUUUUCUGGUUCUCUGUUGUUUUGCUUACUAUGUCUGGUGUUAUAGACGACGGUCUAAUGGUCGGAGCAGGUCAUCGGAGGUCGAAACGGAUGAAACCCGAGAUGAAUUCCUAGAUGAAAAUCAUGGUCCUAUCGUUGACCAUCCCAUCUGGUAUAUCAACACCGUUGGCUUGCAACCGUCCAUCAUCCGUUCAAUCGCGGUUUGUAAGUAUAAGAGAGGCGAGGGUCUUGUGGAAGGAACCGACUGCGCUGUUUGCUUGACCGAGUUCGAAGAAGACGAGAGUCUCAGGCUGUUGCCCAAAUGCAACCAUGCUUUUCACGUUCCUUGUAUUGACACUUGGCUUAGAUCGCACACCACUUGUCCUAUGUGCCGAGCACCUAUUGUUUCCAACCCCGGUAAUAGAGGACCGUCGUCGUCCGGGGUAAAUAAUGAAGAUCCGGGAAGAACUGAAGAAACCCAAGUUGUGAUUGUGGAAGAUGAUAAUAAUGAAGGACCUGAUGAUGGUGGAACAAGUGAAAUAAGGGAGGAGGAAGAGAGAGAUGAAUUGGCAGUUGAAAGUGAGAGAAACAACGGUGAUAGUUCGGGAACAGAGGAUGGGAUUCAAGCUAUGAGAAGAUCAGUUUCAUUGAAUUCCAUGGCAGCUUCUCAGAUCAGCGAGGAUCUUAUAAAUGGUAGUAAUCCAGAGGGGUCGUCUAAUGGCAAUUCAGAUAAUGAAAGCGGAAAAGGGAAAGAACCGAGCGUCAGGAUUGUUCCAAGGAGAGUUGCAGGGAAUCAAAAUUUGCUCAGAUUUAUGUGUCAAUCUUCCAUAGGUAGAUCCUUGCAAAAUAAGCCAGGUUUCAUGAGAAGAUCAUUUUCUUACAGUGGGAAAUUCUCGUUGCCUAUAAUCAACAACAAGAUCCACAAUACAAAUCCUCCAUUGAGGAGCUUUUGAUCCUUCACUUCUUUUUUGUAAUCUACUUUCAGGUCAGACUUGGGAACCCCGAUAAGCUGUGGGUUUUUAUUAUUAUUAAUAUUUGCUGUAAUAUGAAGAAACUUUGACAAAUAGAUGAUGCGAAACUUGUCUAAAUAAUACACAGAAACGAGGCUCAUGAAAACAGGAUCCAUGUUGAAUCAUCAGUUUUAUAUAGAAAAAAAACAUUGCAGUUGUAAGUAGAGGUUUUGAGACAAAAUGAUUCUUGUUGUAUGAUGAUUGCUGCCCCCUUUUACAUGCAAAGCGGCGAACUUCUUGUGGUUGUACAACAGCAAAUAUCUCAACUUUAAGCAUCCAUCUUAUCAGUCUCCAUGCAAAAGGGGGCUUUGACAUGCAUGCCUGCCCUGCAGCUUUGAUUUUAGUUAAAGAUUGUGAAUGGAUAACAGUCUCUGGUCUUGAGGGAUAUUGUGGAAAUUUGUUGGAUUCUAGAAUAUGUUUACCCACUAAGAAAGGGUUUGUAUGGCUAGAGAAUGCAGCAGGCAAAUAUGUCGAUGUUGUAUACAAUUUCUCAUUCUUAUCCAAUUGAUGUAAGGGGAAAUCUUUGUUUUGUAAA